AUGUCUCUCUCUCGUGAAGAUUCAGUUUACCUUGCUAAACUUGCUGAACAAGCUGAACGUUAUGAAGAAAUGGUUGAAAACAUGAAAGCCGUUGCUUCAUCAGGUCAAGAGUUAUCUGUUGAAGAACGUAACUUGUUAUCAGUCGCUUACAAAAACGUUAUUGGUGCUCGUCGUGCUUCAUGGAGAAUUGUUUCAUCAAUUGAACAAAAAGAAGAAACUAAAGGUAAUGAAGCUCAAGUUAACUUGAUUCGUGAUUACCGUUCAAAAAUUGAAUCAGAAUUAACUAAAAUCUGUGAUGAUAUCUUAAAUGUGUUGACACAACAUUUAAUUCCAUCAGCUGCUACUGGUGAAUCAAAAGUUUUCUACUACAAAAUGAAAGGUGAUUACCAUCGUUAUUUAGCUGAAUUUGCUACCAAUGAUAGAAGAAAAGAAGCUGCUGAUUUAUCUUUAGAAUCAUACAAAUCAGCUUCUGAUGUUGCUGUCACUGAAUUACCACCAACACAUCCAAUCCGUUUAGGUUUAGCAUUGAAUUUCUCUGUUUUCUAUUAUGAAAUUUUGAAUUCUCCAGAUCGUGCUUGUCAUUUGGCUAAACAAGCUUUUGAUGAUGCUAUUGCUGAAUUAGAUACAUUAUCAGAAGAAUCAUACAAAGACUCAACUUUGAUUAUGCAAUUGUUACGUGAUAACUUGACUUUAUGGACUUCAGAUAUGUCUGAAACUGGUCAAGAAGAAGGUUCAUCUCAAGCUCCUGAAGAAAAACCAACUGAACCAAAACCAGAAGAAGAAUAA